UAAGAGCCAUUCGUGGAACCAUACUUGAAAGAACCGGACGUUCCUUAAAUAUUAUUGGUAAUAAUAAUUGGAAAACUAGUCCAAUUUUAACAAAAACAGUGAUUAGUGAAUAAACACAGUGUCUUUAAACGUGAACAAGAUGUGGGGAAAGGCUGUUGUUAUGUUUUUUGUUGCCAUUACUACGGUAUCUGCGGGGAUAGCCAACAAAGAUCUAUCAGAUACUGAGAUGCCUCCAAAUUGCGUCGGAAAGAGCUACUGUUUUGAGAAAAGUGAGAAGUAUCCUCAGAAAUUGAUCGACAGAAUCAUUGAAGAAAUAGAUCCACCUGUAGUGGAAGGUGGAGGCGGUAUGUCCAUAGCAGAACGUGGUGACGAGAAUCCUAACCAUGGAUGUGAAAGGAAGAUCGAUUUCGAGCCAAUUUACGAAAUAUUGGACAACGACGGGAAGCUCAGAUUUGUAGUACAGUCGGACAGGUUUAUUCAGAAGAUAAGGACUGAAUCUUGCGUGAACCCCGGCCGCGUCACCGGUCCAGACUUCCCAUACUUCGACGAGUACUUACUAAAUGCUUGGAACAUCAGCUGUGUUGAGAAGAGGAUGGACUACAGCUUCCUCACUCUCUCCCUCGAUGGGAACGGCCUGGAGGACGUGGACAUCCAAGGAGGUCUACCAGUGUGCUGCUCUUGCCAGUUGAAUCCUCUGUCUUAUUUCUAACUAGCUUUCCGCCCUCGGCUUCGCCCGCGUGGAAUUUUGUCUGUCACAGAAAAACAAUAUCGCGCGCGUAUUUGCUCACCGUUUAGACCUACCCUGGACUACGACAAACAUUUUAAAACCAAAAUCAGCUCAAUCGGUCCAGCCGUUCUCGAGUUUUAAUCAGACUAACGAACAUCAAUUCAUUUUUAUUUAUAUAGAUAGAAGAUAUAUAGAAGAUUUAUGACAAAGUAAAAAGUCAAAGCUAUUAAUCAACUAAAGCCCAUUCUAGUGCGCGUAUAAAGUACCAAAUAAAGCUUGCCCUACCACCACUUCGGGACUACUUAUGGGCUGGUGCUGAGAAGAAGUGGCGGAAGAAAGUCACCUUUGACAGCCUCUUUUUCAAUUAGAUACAGCAAAUACUUACGAGUACAAUUUACGUCUUGGGCUAAUACAUCUUGUGUCAAAGUAUACAUAUAUCGGUUUUGGAGUUAAUAAAUAUUAUGUGUAACUGGUGUAACUAAAAAUAAGCUUAAUCUCCUGGUACACAAUCAUUGUUUUGUAAUCAGAAGAAAAUCUAAAUCUGAAAUAGCCCCUUUGUAACGUAGGAAUGCUGAAAACAUGUAUGAUGUAGCAUACAUCAUCAUCAUCAUUUCAGCCACAGGACGUCCACUGUUGAACAUAGGCCUCCCCCAAUGAUUUCCACAAUGGCCGGUUGGUGGCGGCCUGCAUCCAGCGCCUUCCCACUACCUUUAUGAGAUCGUCGGUCCACCUUGCGAUGUAGCAAAUCCAAAUAGGUUUCGCAUAAUUCGUCGCUUGCCUCUCUAACUGACGUAACUGACAUUUAGCAAAAUUUUCAGGCGAUUAGACAGAUCGAUUCAUCUUGCGAAAUUGAUUAAGAUGGUGUAGAUAACUCAGUUUUGAAAAAAAUGUCAGUUAGAGAGGCAAGCGACGAAAUGUUGCCCAUAGGAGACCUGAGAGUCCCCUAUUCGAGGCUUACCUUAAGUUAUAAAAGUAUUUAAUUCUAUCUCAGAUUAUUAUAAAUGUAUGAAACUGAAUAAUACUCGUAGCAUACACGAUACUUAAUUAUCUGUAAAACGUUAAAGUGUAUUAUAAUUAUAUGACUGAUUAGUGUAAGUUAGUACGUACUAUAUCAGAAAGUAUUACUUAAAU